AUCUAGGAGUCUCCUAGCGGACCCUCUCCUAAUCAGCCUCAAAAAUGUAUCGCCAUCGCCAUUGUCGUCGUCGUCGUCGUCAUCAAUCAUAGUCUCCUUUUCCUCUACUAAUACUUACAACACAGAGCAAAAGCCACCAAAACCCAGAGAAGAAAUAAUUAAAAGUGCAGCCAUUUUUAUUCAGUGUAAGCUUUUUCUUAAGAGAAGAAAUGGCUCUCUGUGCUGCUUCGAUCUCCCAUAAUAACACUCCACGCAUUCUCUCCUCUUCUUCAAAUACAUUUUCUCAGCUCAGCAACCAGAAGAAGAUCUCUGCUUCUCCUCAUUUCUCCCUUUUAUCGCUUACUCCUCGCUCUUCUCUCUCCAGGAGUAGUUUUGUUUCCCAGUGGGGAAGAAGGGAGCCUUACUCUUUGCACGGCCAUGUCACGUGUUCGGUUAGAGAUGUUUUGCUGGAUGAAUCCAAGGAAAAGCUUCACCUUCCGAAAGGUGAUAUGUGGUCGGUUCAUAAGUUUGGUGGCACGUGUGUGGGAAGCUGGGAGAGAAUUAAGAAUGUAGCACAAAUUAUUGUUCAGGAUAGCUCAGAGGGGAAAUUGGUGGUUGUAUCGGCGAUGUCCAAGGUGACAGAUAUGAUGUAUGAUCUCAUAGACAAGGCGCAAUCACGAGAUGGUUCCUAUGUAUCUGCUGUAGAUGCUGUUUUUGAAAAGCACAAAUUAACAGCUAUGGAUCUUCUUGAUGGUGAUGAUCUUGCUAGUUUUUUGUCCCGGCUGCAUCAUGAUAUUAAUAACCUCAAAGCCAUGCUUCGUGCAAUAUACAUAGCUGGUCAUGCAACCGAGUCCUUUUCUGACUUUGUUGUAGGACAUGGGGAGUUGUGGUCUGCACAGAUGUUGUCAUACGUUGUUAGAAAGAACGGGCUAGAUUGUGAAUGGAUGGAUACAAGAGAAGUGCUUAUAGUAAAUCCCUCUGGUUCUAAUCAAGUUGAUCCUGAUUUUGCGGAGUCUGAAAAAAGACUUGAAGAAUGGUUCUCUCGACAUCCAUCAAAGACAAUAGUUGCGACUGGUUUCAUAGCCAGUACGCAACAAAAUAUUCCCACAACAUUGAAGCGGGAUGGAAGUGACUUCUCUGCAGCUAUAAUGGGUGCCCUGGUGAGGGCUCGCCAAGUCACAAUUUGGACAGAUGUUGAUGGGGUAUACAGUGCAGACCCCAGAAAAGUUAGUGAGGCUGUAAUACUAAGGACAUUGUCUUACCAAGAGGCCUGGGAAAUGUCCUAUUUUGGGGCAAAUGUCUUACAUCCUCGCACUAUUAUGCCUGUGAUGCGAUAUGAUAUCCCCAUUUUGAUAAGGAAUGUUUUUAACCUCUCUGCUCCUGGGACGAUGAUCUGCCGGCCUGCUGAGAAUGAAGAUGGCCAGAAAUUGGAGUCGCCUGUCAAAGGUUUUGCAACUAUUGACAAUGUGGCUCUUGUGAAUGUUGAGGGAACUGGACUGGCUGGUGUUCCUGGUACAGCUAGUGCCAUUUUUGGUGCUGUGAAAGAUGUGGGAGCUAAUGUCAUUGUUAUAUCCCAGGCUAGUAGCGAGCAUUCUGUAUGCUUUGCUGUACCUGAGAAGGAAGUAGCAGCUGUUGCUGAGGCUUUGAAGUCUAGAUUUCAUGAAGCUUUGAAUGCAGGACGUCUUUCCCAGGUUGCAGUCAUUCCAAAUUGUAGCAUUUUAGCAGCUGUUGGCCAGAAAAUGGCUAGCACACAUGGAGUCAGUGCAACUCUUUUUAAUGCUCUGGCUAAGGCUAAUAUUAAUGUCCAUGCCAUUGCUCAAGGUUGCUCUGAAUACAAUAUUACAGUUGUUAUCAAGGGUGGAGAUUGUAUAAGAGCUUUAAGAGCUGUCCACUCGAGGUUUUAUCUCUCGAAAACCACGAUAGCAAUGGGAAUCAUUGGACCCGGUUUGAUUGGUGCCACAUUACUAGACCAGCUUAGAGAUCAGGCAGCAGUCCUUAAGGAAGAUUUUAACAUUGAUUUGCGUGUUAUGGGAAUCACUGGCUCGAGAACAAUGCUUCUGAAUGAUGUUGGAAUUGACUUGUCAAGAUGGAGAGAGCUUGUAAAGGAUAAAGGUGAAGUGGCUGACCUGGAGAAAUUCAGGCAACAUGUGCAUGGAAAUCAUUUUCUCCCGAAUACUGUUUUGGUAGACUGUACAGCAGACUCUAAUGUUGCAAGUUGUUAUCAUGAUUGGUUGCGAAGAGGAAUUCAUGUAAUCACCCCAAACAAGAAGGCAAAUUCAGGACCACUUGAUCAGUAUUUGAAACUGAGAGCUCUUCAAAGGCAAUCCUAUACACAUUACUUUUAUGAGGCAACUGUUGGAGCUGGCCUUCCAAUUAUUAGCACUUUACGAGGUCUCCUUGAAACUGGGGAUAAAAUACUGCGCAUUGAAGGAAUUUUCAGUGGAACUUUGAGUUAUAUCUUCAACAAUUUCAAAGGUACGCGAGCAUUUAGUAAUGUAGUGGCAGAAGCAAAGCAGGCAGGAUAUACUGAACCUGAUCCAAGGGAUGAUCUAUCUGGAACAGAUGUUGCCAGAAAGGUGAUUAUUCUUGCAAGAGAAUCUGGUUUAAAGUUGGAGCUGUCUGAUAUCCCUGUUCAAAGUCUUGUCCCUGAACCACUGAGAGCUAGUGCAACUGCUGAAGAGUUUAUGCAGCAGUUACCACAAUUUGACAAUGAAAUGGCUAGGGCGAGACAAGAGGCUGAGGAUGCAGGGGAUGUCUUGAGAUAUGUUGGGGUGGUGGAUGCGGAGAGUCAACAAGGGCUUGUUGAGUUGCGAAGAUACAAGAAAGAUCACCCUUUUGCACAGCUUGCUGGUUCUGAUAACAUCAUUGCUUUCACAACUACAAGGUAUAAAGAACAGCCUCUGAUUGUUCGCGGACCUGGUGCUGGGGCUCAAGUGACUGCUGGUGGAAUAUUCAAUGACAUACUGCUACUGGCCUCUUAUCUUGGUGCUCCAUCAUGAUAGCAUCGUUUUCUUGGUUAUCAUAAUGUUAUCAAGAUACAUUUUGCCUUUACGUCUUUCCAUAGGCCUUAAUAAUGCUUUUCUUCAAGGGCAGUGCUGGUCAUGCUUGAGAUGUCGUUAUGCAUUGUAAUUGUUCUCUUAAAAUAAGCUUAUCUGCGGAAGCUUCAGUGCUAGUAUAGUGUGAGCUUAGUUCUGCCAACAUAUACAUAUAUGAAUGGCCUUUUCUUAUUUUCUUGCACCAGGUCUUGUAGUUCCUGGAGAAUGGGAAAUGUUAAAUGUAAGCUUCCAGAAAUGUUCGUACUUGAUAUGAUUAUGAGAUUGCCAUUACUUUCGUUCUUGA